CAGGUGAAUGAGGUGAUGGAGGAGGAUGAGGAGGAGGAAGAUGAAGCAGUAGAGAGAGCGCAGAAUGAGCACGAUGCUAGAGCGGAAGAGGCUGAAGAUGUACCUGCCAAUAGGGAUUCUCAGCGCAUGGUUAAUGUUGACCACCUUCUUGCCACAUGUAUAGAGCCAACAGCUGCUGCUAAUAAUAUUCUACAGCGCUUGAUGGAACGAGCAGCUGAUGAAAGCGAGAAUAUUAUUGAGUAUGCGGAGCAUCCAUGUGUUAAAAGACGGCAACAAAUCCUCGACUUUUUGGCCCGACCAGUAGAACCCGAAGAAAUGCGGUACACAAAAAGAAGCGCUGGAGGAUUGGUCACCGAGCAUUUUUUUAACCAGGGAAAUCCAAGAGAUCGUCAAAUUAAUGAACUUAUUCGAUGUGGUCUCGAAGGAUUUGCAAAGUACCCCAGGGCUUUGAAACAAGAUAUCAUGCGUAUCAUGUAUGUUCGAAGAGCACAAGAAAUACGUUGGUUUUUCAAUGCUUGUAAAGAUAAAAAUUCCAUACUGUUAGACACUGAAAAUUUACCUGAAGUGUUUAAUCGCCUGGGACAGAGUUUUUCAGGACCACCAGAAGAAUAAUUUAAAAAUAAGAAAGUGUAAAAUAGGGUAUUCAAAUAUUUUGUAUUCAAUAAAUUUUUUCAGAACAUAAUCA